AUGGGAAGGGCGCCGUGCUGCGACAAGGCGACGGUGAAGAAGGGGCCGUGGGCGGCGGAGGAGGACGCGGCGCUCAAGGCCUACGUCGACGCGCACGGCACCGGCGGCAACUGGAUCGCCCUCCCCCACAAGAUCGGGCUGAACAGGUGCGGCAAGAGCUGCCGGCUGCGGUGGCUCAACUACCUCCGGCCGAACAUCCGGCACGGCGGCUUCACCGAGGAGGAGGACCGCCUCAUCUGCAGCCUCUACAUCGCCAUCGGGAGCAGGUGGGCGACCAUCGCGGCGCAGCUGCCGGGGAGGACGGACAACGACAUCAAGAACUACUGGAACAGCAAGCUCAAGCGGCGUCUCCUGGGCGGUGGUCGCCGGCCGAGGGGCGCGCCGCCGCGGCUCGUGCUCGCGGCCACAACAGGCCCAGCCUCUGCCGCGGCCGCCGCCGCGACGUCGCACAACGCCCUGGCCGCGUCGGCGAUCGAGCGGAUGCAGCUCAGCGCGCGGCUGCGCCGCCUGGAGAACCCGGCGCCGCGGCCCUUCACCUUCUACGGCAACCUCGCCGCGCCGCCGUGGCCGAGCCAGCAGUCUCCUCUCUCCCCCGUGACGAGCGGUGCAAGCUCGGACACGCGGCGGCUGCACCACCAGCACCCGUCCGGCGCAGCUGCUACCUCGAGCUACUCCGGUCUCAUCAGCUGGUCUCACUCCCACACGCACAGCGGCGGCGGCAGCUACACGGGCGGCCACGACGCUUGGCUCGACACCUCCACCCCGCCGAUGUCGACGAGCAUCGGCGACACCACGACGACGACGGCCGGAGGCGACAGCUCGAGCUCGACGCCGACGGUGAGCUCGGCCACCACGCCGUUCGUCGGCAGCAUGAUCGACAUGGAGGACGAGAUCGACAUGCUGCUCCAGCAGAUCAAAUGCUUCGAUGAGAGCGACGUCGACGACCAGCGGCUGAUCGGCGUCGACGAGGCCACCGCCGGAGCAGCAGAACACUACCUCAGAGCAUUGAUCAACGAGGCGGCGAUGGACGCCGCCGGCGGCGGCGGCGGCGGCGGCGGCGACUGGAGCUCUUGCUCUACUCCAGGAGUGGACUCCGUGUUCCACGACUACGCUCAGCUAGACUACGGACAGUAUAAUUAAUUAGCUUUGUAACCACGUAAUGCGUGUUGUUAUAUAUAUAUAUAUAGAAAUGUUUAUUAUGCAACUGUGAAGAUAAUAUCCAAAGGGAACAGAAAAAUCUAUGUACAUGUUAACACAUGUUCUUCCCCAAAUCAGUCGAAUUUUGAGCCGUCCAAUGUUCA